UUUGCAGAAAUAAUCUGGCUGGCGGAGCACGGAGAGAGCAGAGCCAGCAGCAUCAGAGUCCCCCCCUAUACCCCCUCCCCUUCUGAACAAUGCAUCGGACCAUGCGGAUCAAGAUGACGGAGCUGAAUCCACAUCUUAUGUGUGCCUUGUGUGGAGGAUACUUCAUCGAUGCAGCGACCAUUGUAGAAUGUCUGCAUUCCUUUUGUAAGACCUGUAUCCUACGCUACUUAGAAGCACACAAAUUCUGCCCCAUGUGUGACUCUCAAGUGCACAAAGGACGCCCUCUGCUUAGCAUAAGGUCUGAUAAAAUAUUACAAGACAUUGUAUAUAAGCUUGUACCAGGACUCUUUAGAGAUGAGAUGAAGCGGCGACGGGAUUUCUAUGCCUCUUAUGCACGUACACAUGCAAACAGCGAUUCCACUAUUGAGCAGGGGGACAAAGUGGCAGCGAGCGGAGACAUGGUGGUACAUGAAGAGGAGAAUAUCAGCCUUUCCAUCCAGUUCUCUGACGAUGCCAGGGAUGACAUACGGGAUUCAGCCGACAGUGACAAUGCAGAGAAAAGGAACAGUCUUCGCUUCUUGCGCUGUCCUGCAGCAAUGACCAUCACACACCUCGCCAAGUUCUUGCGGAACAAAAUGGACGUUCCAAACAGGUACAAGGUGGAGAUUCUCUAUGAAGAAGAGCCGCUGAAGGAUUAUUACACCCUAAUGGAUAUUGCCUAUAUAUACCCCUGGGGACGGACGGGACCAUUGCCUCUCAAGUAUCGUGUGCAGCCGACCUGCAAGAGAUUACGAUUUAGCCGCCCGAGAAGCCUGCAGGAGCCAAAUCGAGCAACCAACUCCGAAGGGGAGUCAGCCAGUGACAAGGCCAACAGCCCAGCACCAGUUCCCUCCACUUCCUCAUCUCUACCCAGCCCUGCCACUCCCUGUCAGGGCUCUCCCAACCCCAACACCGAACUCCCUCCUGCCCCUUCCCUCCAUAAUGGGCACUCGGCCAGCAAGGGACGAAAAGUUUCUCUCAAUGGCGCACCGGGACCGCCCCUCACUUGAGCAAUCUGCCUGCUCAGAGCUUUUUAUACAUAUGUA